UGAUCGGAUGGAACGAACACCAACACUUGAGAGAAAGCUCUGCAUUUAAAACGCCCAGAGAAGAAUCAGUAACCGUACCUCGUUUUUUCUUUCAUCUUCCUCCUAUUUUCUUGACCAGUACAGCGUUGUCAUGAGGAAUGCACAGGUUGCCUGGGAUCGUUGACUGCCAAUAAGUGAAUAUUCUUUCAGCGAUUCCCUCCUAUAUAAUCACAGUUUUUUCGUGCGAUUUUUUGGGGGAUACCGUUUGGAUCCUAGGCUAAAAUAAAUCAGAUCCACGUUUGCCCGCCUGCAUGUUGUCAGCAAGAUUAUUGCGUUGGCUAUGUAGUGUAAUGUAGACCGGUAUCUGCAUAGUGUUAAUCUCUGUGUUCUGCUACCUUCUUAAGUGGAUUGAUUGCACAUCACCAGUCAACGAUUUCUUCCUCCUCCGACCUCGGGUGCUGUGGACUUGGAGGAAACAUGGGACUGCCUGCUCUGGAGUUUAGUGAUUGCUAUCUGGACAGUCCACAGUUCCGAGACAGAUUAAAGUCUCACGAACUGGAAUUGGACAAGACCAACAAAUUCAUCAAAGAACUAAUCAAAGAUGGGAAUUCGCUCAUCCAAGCGUUGAAAAAUCUGUCCACGGCCAAGAGGAAAUUUGCAGAGUCUCUCAACGAGUUUAAGUUCCAGUGUAUAGGAGAUGCAGAAACGGAUGACGAGAUAUGUAUUGCAAAGUCUCUACAGGAGUUUGCUGGAGUGCUGCAGAACCUGGAGGAUGAGAGGACACGGAUGAUUGAAAAUGCCAAUGAUGUGCUGAUCAUGCCGCUGGAGCGCUUCCGGAAGGAGCAGAUCAGUGCUGCCAAGGAAGCCAAGAAGAAAUAUGACAAAGAGACGGAGAAGUACUGUGCUGUACUGGAGAAGCACCUGAGUCUAUCAGCAAAGAAGAAAGAAGCACAUCUCCAUGAAGCAGACAGUCAGGUGGACCACGUGCGGCAGCAUUUCUAUGAGGUGUCUCUGGAGUAUGUGUUCAAGGUGCAGGAAGUCCAGGAGAGGAAGAUGUUUGACUUCGUAGAGCCGUUGCUGGCAUUCCUUCAAGGGCUGUUUACUUACUACCACCAUGGGUACGAGCUGGCCAAAGACUUCAACCACUUCAAGACAGACCUCACCAUCAGCAUUCAGAAUACGCGGAACCGUUUUGAAAGCACCCGGUCUGAGGUGGAGUGUCUGAUGAGGAAGAUGAAGGAGAACCCCCAUGAACACAAGAGCAUCAGCCAUGACACCAUGGAGGGAUAUCUGUUUGUACAGGAGAAACGUUCUUUUGUGUCAACCUGGGUCAAGUACUACUGCACCUUCCAUCGAGAGCCCAAACGAGUCACCAUGGUCCUGUUUGACCAGAAGUCUGGAGGCAAAGUGGGAGAGGAGGAGAGCUUCACUCUGAAGUCCUGCACAAGGCGGAAGACGGAUUCUAUAGAGAAGAGGUUCUGUUUUGAUGUGGAGGGCGUAGACAGGUCGGGGGUGAUCACCAUGCAGGCUCUAUCGGAGGAAGACCGCAGGCUCUGGAUGGAGGCUAUGGAUGGGAGAGAACCGGUCUAUAACUUAAACAGAGACAGCCAAAGUGAAGGCAUGGUCCAGCUGGACGUGGUUGGCUUCAACGUGGUGAAGAAGUUCAUCUAUGCUGUGGAGACCAGAGGCAUCGAUGAGCAGGGUCUGUACAGGAUUGUUGGGGUGAACUCCAGAGUACAGAAACUACUGGGUCUUGCCAUGGAUCCUAAAACCUGUGCUGACGUGGAGCUGGACAGUACAGAAUGGGAGAUCAAGACCAUCACCAGUGCAAUCAAGUUCUACCUCAGAAUGCUGCCUGCACCCCUCAUGACUUAUCAGUAUCAAAGGAGCUUCAUCAAGGCAGCCAAACGUGACAAUCAGGAGGCGAGGAUCACAGAGAUCCAUAGCAUCGUCCACUGGCUCCCAGAGAAGAACCGGCAGAUGUUGGACCUGCUUACGAAACACUUGGCAAAUGUGGCCAAUCACCACCAGCAGAACCUGAUGACUGUGGCUAACCUGGGGGUGGUGUUCGGCCCAACUCUGCUGAGGCCGCAGGAAGAGACUGUGGCAGCCAUCAUGGACAUCAAGUUCCAGAACAUCGUGGUGGAGAUCCUCAUCGAGAACCACGAGAGGAUAUUCAAUGACAUGCCAGUUCCGGGAGGUGGCCCGGCCAACCUACAGCUCAACCUGCAGCCGCGGAGGAGGAGCACGGAGAGCAAGGCCCCGUCCUGCAGCGAGAGACCCCUCACCCUCUUCCACACACCCACACACUCCCAGAAAGUGGAGGAGAGGAACAAUGUGGUAGUGAACUCUACUCCAGAGCUCCAGCAGCCGCAGCCAGCCCAGGCCAAGGCUCCCCACAACAACCCUUCAGCCAACCCCUCCUCCUCCUCAGCAGCGGUCAACCAUAACAGCAGUGGCAGCCACGGCCACAGCUGGACCCCACGCAACAGCCUGACCAGCACUGACAGGGACCAGGACAGGGGCCUGACUGCCAGGCAGAACUUACAGAGCCGCCCAAACUCACUGCUGAACCCAAAGAGCCGCACCAGUAUCCCAACGAGCCCAGCCUCACCCAGCCCCACCUCACCACGUUCCCCCUCCUGGCCGAUGUUCUCCGCACCCUCCAGCCCCCAGCCAGCCUCCUCCACCUCCAGUGACUCCUCCCCCAUCAGCGUCCCAGGCAGGCAGGCUAGGGCCCUCUACGCCUGCAAAGCCGAGCACCACUCUGAGCUUUCAUUCAUCGCAGGGACCACCUUUGAAAAUGUUCAUUCCUCCAGGGAGCCAGGCUGGCUGGAAGGUACCCUGGACGGCAGGACGGGCCUGAUACCGGAGAACUAUGUGGAGUUUGUGUAGUCCUGGAUCAGGACUGAACUGGAGAGACCACGCAGCUGCACUGUUUCCCUGCAGCUUAUUGGAAGUCUGGAGCACAGAGUGCUCCCUGCUGUGCAUGGUCAUGAAUCUGGAAUUCAGCAGCAGACUCUGUGUGUGUGUGUGUGUGUGUGUGUGUGUGUGUGUGUGUGUGUGUGUGUGUGUGUGUGUGUGUGUGUGUGUGUGUGUGUUUUGCUUUGUUGCUACAAAAGCUCAUUCCCCUGUUCAUUGAAUUGCACUGCCACUGCUUUUAGUAUCUUCUAUUAUCAGUUGUUGGAACUUAGGAAUAUGUUUCCAUUUUGGGGCGGGAAAAAAGUAAUUGGUCUGAGGUUUGGACUGCUGUCCAACUUCUCUUCCUGUGUACUGCCUGUAGGAACAGGGCGGCUGGUAGCCUAGCGGUUAAGAGCGUUGGCCCAGUAACCCAAUGGUCGUUGGUUUGAAUCCACAAUCUGACUAGAUGAAAAGUCUGUUGUGCCCUUGAGCAAGGCACUUAACCCGAAUUGCUCUUGUAAAUAGCUCUGGAGCGUCUGCUAAAAUGUCAAAUGUCACAAUGAAUGGAGUUGACUGUGUGGGGGGCUUUCAUCUCUAAAUGAUAGGGGGGUAUUUUUCAGCGAGUAUCGCUAUAAAUGUAAGCGCCUUUCAUUGGCAACCCGGUAUUCCCCGAGACAAAAUAGACCACAGCUGCUGUUGUACCAAACAGUACAGCUGUGGGAGCAUAUAUUAACUCCCGGUUACACACAUUUAAUAGCUUUUUUUAUUUAAUAAAAUGGAACUACUGGGUGAAAUUGUCUCAAAAAAACUAGAAAGUUAACUGAAAUGUUUUCAUGAACUGAUUUUUUUUUAUUUUAAUUUUCUUAACAGGUAGAGUGUAAAAAAUGUUUUAAUGUGAAACUAGACCACUUAUGUUAUUUAUAUACAUUUUCAAAGCUGAGAUCUGAACUGUAUUCUUUUAGAGUGUAUUAACAUUGUAAAUACAUUUGAUAAGGUAUCAUUUUCUAAGUAUGACUAUUAACUGAUUUGUUUUUUAGCAUCUUAGUUGCUACAUUUUUUGUGUCAUUGAUUUCCUGUCCAUUGGGAGCCUGAAUAUUCUUUCUUAUCAAAUGAAUCAUGAACAAGGUUGUAUAGAAGAUAAUCUAUUAAAGACCAACAUUGAACUCGCA